GCGGGUCGAAGCAGUUUCAUUCAGAUUUCCAUCAGAAUGCACUCAAUUACUCUGAAUAGAACCAACUUUAUGGACCCAUUUCUGCUUUAGUGUCCAUGGUGCCUUCCCAGCUUCACUUCCAAGACAGCUCAACGUUCUUCCAUCCCAAGCUUUUCCAAAUUUCAGCAAUCUUUCCACCGCUACAGCUGCAUUCUGUUGUCGCCAUUCAGCUCUUCUUCUUCUUCACUUUCUCAUCUACCUGCAAGCCUGAAAUACAUUUCUCCAUGCGCUUUUUCAAGAACAUCAUGAAGACGGCUGUCGGCUGGCUCCAACAGCAAGUCGUUCUAGAAGAACCUCCAACCGUCAUCCAGAGCAUCACCCCACAAGUACACCCACAGGUCCUCUCGCAGCCCAGAAACCUUGUCGAAACCCAUCUCUGUCCACGUCUCCAGCUCUGGCUUAAAGUCGUCUCGGUAGACCUCAGACAAGUCCGUUCCUGGGACCCGGACCACCCCGCCAACAUGGCGCUCACGAUGCUUUGGGGACGUCACGCGCCGUUGGAGGCCCUCCAGAAGGCGCUCGUUGUCGAGAGAUUCUUUGCCGGGAUCGGCAAAAAUUCCAAAUGGAGGCUGUACCUGGCAAUGUCUCGCUUCGGCCUCCAGGCUCAUCUGACACUACGUCUCACAGAAGGAAAAGAGACGCCGCCGGUGGCUGGAGAGGAGGAAGAUGAUGGGAUCCACGGCACCCCCGCCGAGGCGGCCGCGGACAAGGCUCUACAGAGGCUGGCCCAAACUUCCCCCGCAGUCGAUCUUGUGCGGUGCACCACCUGUCCCUCGAGUCGUCGCAUAGAAUGCGCCCUCCGUGGUGACUAUCGAGCCCCCGGCCGUUACACCGAAGUUUGAGAACUCGACAUCUACAGCAAUGACGUCUCGUAAAAGAUAUCGUGACCGUCUGGCUGCCCGAAGAGAGCGAACAUCUUCAAGACUUCGAUACGAGAUGAUUUAGAACUAGAACCUCCACACCGAGUGAUGGGGGAUUGAUAUGCGAAUCAUGUACCGAGUUUGGAUGGAUGUCAUGACAGGACAAUUUCAAUAAUCUACAACUCGCAUCACGCCACAUGAGAUUACGUGAAAAGUCCGGCAGUUGACCAACACUAGCAAGUCUGGGCAUCUUAGCAUCGGACAAAGGGAGUGGUGUGGCACA